AUUCUCAGGGACAUUGAGGACUCAACAUCUCUAUCGCUGAACGAAGUCUCUACUGAACUUCAAAUGUUUAAAGAUCCAGGCAGGUUUGUUCUAACAUCUGUCGAAAAGGCACUGACGGACGCUAGUGAGAGAGGAGAGUUGAGUUUAGAAGAGCCUAUACUAAUGGCUUUGGUUCCCCUUCUGGAGGAGCUGGCACGUGUUGGUAUCUCUACUGAUCCUGGUCUACAGUCUGAUGCAACCAAAGUGGCACGUGAAUGGGUUAGGAUGAUGGGAGCUAGUGUUGAAAAGUCGCAGCUUGAGGCUUGGGCGUUUCUGCAGUUCAUCCUUGCAUUUGGAUUGGUGAAACAAACUCAGCCGGAUCAAACUCUACAGCUUGCCUCUUAUGUUUCUCACUUCAAACAUGCGCCAAAGCUCUUUGAGUCUCUUGGUCUCACUCAUGCCAUCCCAGGUAAGUAUUACUUCUACAACACAUAUGUCGCAUUGGUGUGUUUUUUUUUAAACUCUCUCUGCUCUAACAAAGAUCAAACUCUUCUUUUAAUCUCCACAGGCUUUGUCACAGAGCUCCUAAACAAAGCCAUGUGUAUUCCUGCAGUCCGGUUUAUGUUUUACUUCAAGGUGGAGAACAAAUUUUCUCCACUGGAGAUCUUGAAGGAACAGAUCAACAAUCUCAGACGCUCAGCCAAGGAAAGUAGAAGAUAUGAAUCACAGGUUAAAGACUUCUCCAAUCCAUCUCUUCUUGUCAAACUGUAUAUUGUGUUUGAUGGUUGACUUUGCAAUCUAUGUUGUGGCUUAUAGGCUGAAGAAGCUAACAGAGAUGCUGCUACACUGAGGGACAUAAUGGAACUCAUUGAAGACUUCAAGCUUGAAAUUGACAUACCUGUGGAUUUUAUCUUUAAAUUCAUGGUUCCUCGGGAAUUUCAAAUUCAGAACCAACGUGUUCAAUCAACGCAUAUGCAGGCUUCAGACACAGUUUUUCAAAGCUCAUGCAUUGCCACUGAUGUCUCAAACCCGAGCUU